AUGGUCCUCACGCAGGCCGGCUGGCAGCUGCAGCUGUGGACCUCAGUACAUGUCAGGCCAUUCAGCCUUUUCUUGUCAUACCGGUGGUGGGUGCUGGGACUCUGGAGGGCCACGGAGGCCUGGUGUGCUCUGGUAAAGACCCCCUGUGUCUCUCCACUUUUGUCCCCUCUCCGACCCCAGGAGUGUGCAGCUCUCGCUGCAGAGCUCCACACCUGCAGGGAGCAGCUCGUGCAGAGAGAGGAGGAGAUCGCCAACCUGAAGGCGGAGAGAAACAACACCAGGGUGCUCCUGGAACACUUGGAGUUCCUAAUCUGCAGACACGAGAGAUCUCUCAGGAGAACAUUGGUGAGGCGACAGGCAAAGACUCAGGCCGGUGUGUCCAGUGAGGUGGAGGUGCUCAAGGUCCUCAAGUCCAUAUUGGACAACGACCAAACGGAGGAUGAAACGGUAAGAGAGCAGUUACGUGUGGCACUGGAGGGGUGUAGUUUCGUAGAAGAAGAAUUAGGGGCCACACGCAGAGUUCAGCUCCAGACAUCAUCACAGGAUUUGAUUGGAGGGGGUUUCCUUUUUAUGCAUUGUUUUUAAAACAACAUAUGAAGACUAGCAGUGGGGGCCCUCACAUGUUGCUUCCCUUUCUGAGUUUCCAAGGUGCAGAGCCAGAUGAAAGAGCUCCUGGCUACCCUGUGCACUCUCAUGGCCAAGCUGGAAGAGGACCUAGCCAUAUCAAGGAAAGACCUCAUCCGUUCUGAAGCAAUGAACAGCAUAUUACAAAGAGAUGUCCGUGAAGCCAUGGCCCAGAAGGAAGACAUGCAAGAGAGGAUCACUACCCUUGAGAAGCGCUGCCUCAGGGCACAGCAGGAAGCCACCUCUCUGCAGGACCUCAAGGAUAAACUUGAAAACGAGAUCGCAAAGAAGGACUCUCUGCAUCGACAGACUGCGGAUCAAAACCGCCAGUUGCAAGAGCGCCUGGAGGUGGCGGAGCGGAAGCUGCAGCAGACCCCGAGGAAGGCCAAGUAGCUGCCCGAGGUGGAAGCCGAGCCGGCCCAGAGGGUGGCCACCCUCUGCAAGGCCGAGCAGAGGCGUGGCAACAUCGAGGAAAGGCUGCGCCAGAUGGAGGCCCAGCUGGAGGAAAAGAACCAAGAACUGCAGCGGGUAAGGCAGAGAGAAAAAAUGAAUGAAGAGACUAAUAAAUGUCUGUCGGGCACUAUUGACCAGCUCCUUUCCGAAUCUGACGAGCGUCUUCAGCGUCAUCUUAAGGAGAGAAUGGCUGCUGUGGAAGAUAAGAAGUCUCCGUUAGGAGAAGUGGGCAAUCUGAAAAAACAGUUACAAGAAACGCAACGUGAGAAGGAUCGGCUUCUACAGAGCAUGGAAGCACUGAGGGCUGAAUUAAAGCGGGCAAGACUGAGAGGCUCUUCGCUUCACCACGGGCGGACGCACGUCAGCAGCAUCCCAGCUUCCAGGUUCCGUCUGGCGGACAGCCCCACGGAUGCCAGCAGCAGCAGCAGCAGCAGCGCGGUGUUGCAGCGCCGCCGGAAAGGCCGUGUGGCCCGUCUGCGACAUGAGCCUUCCAAGGCAAGGACCUCCAUCCUCUGGGGGCUCUCGUGGGACCCACCUGCCAGCUCCAAUGUCACCUGCCUUUUCCUGUCUAGGUCCCUGAGCUUGGACAGGCUGCAGCAAGGGGCACUGCCCAAGGCCAGCCACGAGGACAUCAGGGACGCCACAAAAUCCACAGCCUCUCAGGAUGGCCCCUUGAGCAACCUCAGCAACACUAGGAAUAACGAGGACUCACUGAACAACGCCCCCAAGAAGAAGGGCGUGUUUGCAGCGUUUCACCACGAGCCUAAUCUGUGCCAGUCUGUAGACCAGAACCAGAUCAGAGACUCUCCUUCACGGCAUAGGAGAGCCUUCAGCCAGCUGGUGCCAGAACCAGACCUGGGGCUGUCCUUCAGUGUGCGGGCGAGGCUUCAGCCAGCAGAUGCUGCUCAGAUCGGACUCAGUGUUGAGCCAAGUGCAGAACUGCACCACUGGGUCACAUCAGCUGUCGGCCACGAGUAUCAGUCGAAGCUCUCCAAGCACUCGUCCCAGAUCCAGUCCAUCAGGGGCAUUGGAGGCAAGUUUGGUGUCCAGGUGGGCAGAGUUGACCAGAUGAGCCAGGGCGCGGGUGCUGUGGCCAGGUGUGGGCAUUUCCUGUCCCUUUGGAAAGGGAUGGUAAUCCCCUCAAAUUACUCGAGCGACUUUGGCAUCAAGUACAGCCUCAAGGCAAAGCACGUGGACAAGAGUGUCGUGGACUUCAAUCUCCAGGGCAUGACCGAGAGACACGAGUCACAGAAAGGUCAGCCUGUGGCAGCACGUCCUCACCGCUUGGGGCCCCGUCGUGUGGGACGCCUCCUGCGUCCCCAGAAUAGGACCCGGGGAGACAGGCCCACAUUACACUCCCAGCCUUUUUACCUGAACAUGUGA